CAGGAAACGUUAUCUGAUAUCAUUAAUAAUGAGGAUGCUGUGAGAUCUUAAACGUGAGAAUGGAUAAAAGGAUACUGCGUUUCUGCGCUUCUCUCUUACGUCUCCUAAAUUCUAUACAGUUGUAGUAGCAAGGGGAAUUAGAUAAGUAGAGAAAAUAGGUUGUAAUACGAGAAGCAACCCAGUUUAAAACACGUUGACACUUCGUCAUUAUCGCGAUCAUUUGAUAUAUCUUCCCUUCCCUUUCGCAUGAUCCAUUCAUGACGCGUUCGUCCGUAGGUGGGCUAUAUAAACAUGUUUGUGUCUUCCUCUUGCUUCUUUGUAUCUCGCGAGAACUCGCCGAUGUAUAUUUAUGGGGUGUAAAUAAUGUACCCUUCUUUUGCUUAAGCAAGUGUCGCUGCCGAGUGACGUAAAGUGCGAAGAAAAGACGUGCGUGAAUAAGGAGUGAAGCUUAAAUAAGCUUAUCUCUUUUUUUCUUCCAGUAUCUUUAAAUUUAUAUUCGAAAAUCUUUAAAUCAUCACGAAGAUGACACAUUUAUUUAUGCUAUGGAAUAGUAUUUAUCCCGUUUUGUAUUUUUUUCUACUGUUUGAGGCUACAUUCGGUUUCUAUCAAUCGGUGCCGCAUAUAAUCGUUAUCAUGGCCGAUGAUUUGGGAUGGAACGACGUCGGUUUUCACGGCUCGGAUCAGAUACCAACUCCGAAUAUAGACGCCUUGGCCUAUAACGGAAUUAUAUUAAAUAGACAUUACGUUUUACAAUCCAGCACACCUUCCAGAACCGCCUUUUUUACCGGGAAAUAUCCAAUACGUAUGGGUAUGCAGGGAGAAGAUAUACAAGGUGGUGAGCCUAGAGGACUACCUCUCAACAUAAAGAUUUUGCCGGAAAUUUAUUUUUUUACCUGUUGUGUACAGAAUAUGAGCGGAUACGAUAUGCAUCGUGGCGAUGCUCCAGCUUACGGAUUAACCGACAAGUACGUGACAGAUCUUUUCACUGACGAGGCAGUCAGGAUCAUCCAGGGUCACGAACCGUCUCGGCCGCUUUAUCUCCAAAUAUCACAUCUCGCUGUUCACGCACCUCUCGAGAACCCGCAAGAUUAUGAUCAUUACGAUAAACGAUUCAUACACAUACGGGAACAAAAUCGCCGCAAGUAUGCAAGAAUGGUAUCGAAAUUAGACGAUUCCGUUGGACGCAUCUUUCAUGCUCUGGGCAAUGCGGGGAUGCUGAAGAAUUCGUUAAUUCUCUUUCUCACCGACAACGGUGCCGCGCCCAUUGGCAAAUUCCGCAAUUAUGGUUCUAAUUAUCCGUUGCGAGGUAUGAAAUAUACGCUUUACGAGGGUGGGGUGAGAGGAGUUGCCGUGCUAUGGUCACAAAGAUUGCGUAAGGCAGCACGUGUGUGCGACGACCUGAUGCACAUAACCGACUGGUUACCAACCCUCUAUGCCGCCGCUGAUGGUGAUCUGAAGGAUUUGGGGGAGAUCGACGGAGUGAAUCAGUGGCGCAUGUUGAGAGACGGUUAUCCGAUAGUCAGGGACAAGCUGCUGCUGAACAUCGACGAGGUUUCCAAGACCGAGGGUGCCAUAUAUAGGCAAUACAAGCUUCUUCGAGGAUCGUUCGAGAACGGCCUUUAUGACGGAUAUUACAACGAUUUCGAAAGAAAUUUUAUACCCAUGUUUUACUUCAACGAUUCAAAGAAAAACAUACAGGAGAUCAUGCCGCGAUACACCGAGACUAUUUUGAACAGCGCGGUGUCGCAGGGUGUCACCUCUUUCCUGGGCGGUCCAGCCACUCAACCCAGCACGAUGAUUCAAUUACGGCACGAAGCAACGGUCCAUUGUCGAUCCAAUGCCACUUUUUACAGAGACAAUUUCAUCACCUGCAACGUCACCGAGUGCCUUUUCGAUAUCGAGAUCGAUCCCUGCGAAACGAAGAACAUAGUGGAGCAAUAUCCAAGAAUCGCUCGAGAGCUGGAUAAGUAUCUGGAGCAUUACGGACGCAAUGUCACAGUGCAGCUCAAGUCGCCAGUGGACUGGCUUGCUGAUCCAAGAAGGACGAACAACACGUGGGAGCCGUGGAUACCGUCGGGCGAUCUAGCGUUCCAUUCUUACAACGCAGCGGUCCAGCUGGUCGGCUUGGCAUAUUACUUUCACAUCGGAAUCAUCCUCGUGGCAGCCAUGUGUAAAGCUUUCAUUUGAACAAUUGGUCUAAUCGAGAUGUAAUCGUGUGUGUAAGUCGCGACAGAACAAUUCUCUGUCGCGUGAAGUCUAAUUUCGUCGGUGUAUUCAAAAGAGGAGAUACUCCUGCAUCCUCGUGGACAUCUUUUCAUUUUCCUUUACAUGUUUCCUUUACAUGUUUAAGAAAGAAUCACGCAAUAUAAAACGCUAAUAAAAAUAUAUAACUUUUUACGACAUGACAAUACAUACAGCGAGUCUUUUUUUCAAACGCAUAAAUUUUAUAUAGGUAUGUUGAACACAAACAACCGAAUUAACAUUUAUAUUAUUCGGCAAAUUAACAUUUGUAUUGUCAAUUUUUCUCGAGUGUCACAUGACGUAAGUUACAUGACGUUAGCUUUUUCUUGAUUCUAAAAUCUAUUUGCAAAUCUAUUUGCAAAUAAAAAUAUGACAAACAUGAAUACUGUUUCUUCCUUGAAGACGAACUGAGGGAAGAGUAAUCUUAUUAUUCAAUCGACACAUUCUUAUUCUUCUUAUUUAACUUUCUAUGUAAUCGUAAUAAAUCUCGAAUAUAUUGUAGUCUCCUAUUCUAACAUGA